UCAAUGAAUAUUCAGCUCUCUUGUCAACUCUCGUAAUCAAUAAACUAGAAAAAGAACUAGAUGGAUUUUUCAAAGACCACCCAUUACAACAGCAGCAACUCUAUUGCUGCUUUCUUGGUUUUUUUGUUUACUGGUUUAAUUUUUAUCUUCAUGUCCAGCCCGACCGGAUCCAAACCCUUCCUUUCAUUCCAAGAUUAUAACCUUAAUUGCCCAUCUCCGAAUGCAAGCGACGGGGCUAGCCAUGGCUAUAAAGAUGACCUUGAAGCAGCUUUGGCAAAGGCAUCAACUGCGAAUAAGAGCGUAAUAAUCGCAAUGGCAAACAAGGCCUAUGUAGAGGGAGAUAAGCCAAUGCUAGAUAUGUUCUUGAAUAGCUUCUGGCUAGGGGAGGAUACGAGAGAUUUGGUUAAUCAUCUUCUACUAAUUACAGUCGAUCAAAUGUCGUUUGAGCGAUGCAAGUUCCUCCGGCUUCAUUGCUACAAACUCGAAACUGAUGAUGAAGGUUUUGACAGCGAAAAAAUGUACAUGUCCGACGAUUUUAUCAAGAUGAUGUGGAGAAGAACUCUGGUUCUUGGAGACGUGCUAAAAAGGGGCUACAAUUUUAUUUUUACGGACACCGAUUUAAUGUGGUUAAGGAAUCCAUUUCCAAGGCUGAACUUAAACGAGAGCUUAGAUCUUCAAAUCAGUACUGAUAGUUUCAAUGGAAAUGAGCGGUCAAAAGCAAACCAUCGAAACACAGGGUUUUACAUGAUAAGAUCCAACAACAAGACCAUCUCAUUGUUCGAAUCCUGGUACGCUAGAAAGAACAGCUCCAUUGGAAAGAAAGAGCAAGAUGUUUUGAACGAGAUGAUGCAUGAAGGUGUGUUUACAGAGCUAGGGCUUACAGUAAGGUUUCUGGACACACUUUACUUUAGUGGGUUUUGCCAAGAUAGCAGGGACAUCAAGGCUGUUAUUACUGUUCAUGCCAAUUGUUGCCGAACGAUAAGUGCCAAGAUUGCUGAUCUGACGGCUGUCAUUGAACAUUGGAAGGGGAUCAACACCUUCCCGUCGGUCAACGGUACAUCCACAUUUGCAAGUUUGAAGCAUGAAGCCUGCAAGAAUUCGUGGAUUUGACCUUCAAUUUGGAUAGGUUUAUGAAUUACAUACUAUUAAUUGAUGAAAAUGGAAGUAAAUUAGGUUCAGCCAAGUUUUUACUUAAUUCAAUUUUUUAGUAUUUUUAAUUAGUAACA